AUGUUACCGUCCAAAUUGCAUGUGCUUUUCUGCCUCUGCACCUGCCUUGCAUUGGUUUAUCCUUUUGACUGGCAAGACCUGAAUCCAGUUGCCUAUAUUGAAUCCCCAGAAAGAUUCCAAAACAUGCUCUCUUCGAGGGAAAACAACUGGUGGAAGGAAGGCAUUGAAGGAUUUGAAGACUUGCCUGCAUGGGUCAGUAAGAGACAAGCUCUGAUGGCUGCUGCAAACAUCGGUCAAUCUACAAUCCCCAGAGGAAAUGGAUCUUAUUCCGUCGGUUGUACAGACUUGAUGUUUGAUUACACUACUAAGGGCACCUUCUUGCGUUUGUAUUAUCCAUCUCAAGAUGAUGAUCACUCCGACACCCUCUGGAUCCCAAACAAAGAAUAUUUUUGGGGUCUCAGUAAAUUUCUUGGAACACACUGGCUUAUGAGCAAAAUUAUGAGCUUAUUCUUUGGUUCAAUGACAACUCCUGCAGCCUGGAAUGCACCUCUGAGGACUGGGGGAAAAUACCCACUAAUUAUUUUUUCUCAUGGUCUUGGAGCAUUCAGGACAAUUUAUUCUGCUAUUGGCAUUGAUCUGGCAUCCCACGGGUUUAUAGUUGCUGCUGUAGAACACAGAGAAGGCUCUGCAUCUGCGACAUACUAUUUCAAGAACCAGUCUGCUGUAGAAAGAGGCAGCAAGUCUUGGCUCUAUCUCAGAACCCUGAAGCGAGGAGAGGAGGAGUUUCCUUUACGAAAUGAGCAGUUACGGCAACGAGCAAAGGAAUGUUCUCAAGCUCUCAGUUUGAUUCUGGACAUUGAUCACGGGAGGCCAGUGACGAAUGUACUAGAUUUAGAGUUUGAUGUGAAACAGCUGAAGGACUCUAUUGAUAGGGAUAAAAUAGCAGUUAUUGGACAUUCUUUUGGUGGAGCCACAGUUAUUCAGACUCUUAGUGAAGACCAGAGAUUCAGGUGUGGCAUCGCUCUGGAUGCAUGGAUGUUUCCCGUGGCUGAUGAAGUAUAUUCCAGAAUUCCUCAACCCCUCUUUUUUAUCAACUCAGAACGAUUCCAAUACCCUUCUAAUAUCAUAAGAAUGAAAAAAUGCUUCUUACCUGAUAGAGAGCGAAAAAUGAUUACAAUUAGGGGUUCCGUCCAUCAGAAUUUUGUUGACUUCACUUUUGCCACUGGCAAAAUAAUUGGCUACCUAUUCACACUGAAAGGAGACAUCGAUUCCAAUGUAGCCAUCAGCCUUAGCAACAAAGCUUCCUUAGCGUUCUUACAAAAACAUUUAGGACUUCAGAAAGAUUUUGAUCAGUGGGAUCCUUUGGUUGAAGGCGAAGCUGACAAUCUUAUUCCAGGGACCAACAUUAACACAACCAACCACCAAGCCACUCUGCAGAACUCCACAGGAACAGAGAGACCAAAUUUAGAUUAAAAGAGCUUUUUAAAAAGUUUUGUUUACAAACUUGUCUAAAAGUGUGUGUGUAUAUGAUUUUAACGUAUUUUCUCAAAUAGC